AUGUUCAGACUGUCUCUUCGUGGCCCUGCUAUACGGCAACAUGUCAAGUCUCAGAUCCGUAACCAAUCGACUUUCAGACAAAUUGUAAAGGCACCAAUCUUCAAAUCGAUUUUUCUCACACUUUUGUUUGGCUCUGUUACAAUCGAUUUGAUGAGAAGUAGAAAGAACCUUGAAGCUUUGGAGCUGGCAUAUCGGUCCAAAAUUAUGAUCUAUGAAGAUUUGUUGGAAAAGUUGGAAAAUGGCGAAAAUGUGGAUAUAUCUAAAGAGUUGAGACUUGCAAACUCAUUAACAAAAAACAUGUACAAUUCUGUCACUGAUGUUGAAUUUGAUGAACGUUUGGAGAAGUUUGUCACUGAAGCAGAUUCUCUUGAAUCCGAAAUAGAAACAAAGAAUCAAACUCGUGAAGUUCCGGUACCGGUAGUAGUGCAAAGACCCGCUCCAUCAAGUGAUAACACCCCUAAGUCAUCUCCACCACCUACAAAAUUAGAAACUUCCAAAUUCUUGUAA